CUCCAGAAAGAAUCCACAAUGAAAAGAACAACCCACAGUUGCUUCUUACUGAUUAUCCUUCUAAUUAGAAUGGUUCCAAGUCUUACUUCUACUGUAAAUUACACUGAUCCUACAUUAGAGCCUGUAGUAACUGAAAAUUCAGUCAUACGACAAAAGAUAAUAGAUUCGCAGUUCAAGUGCUAUGAGAGGAUGAACAGAGCUCCUCCAUACAGGAAAAAAGGUCUGUUCUGUAACCGAACCUGGGACGGAUGGUUGUGCUGGGAUGACACACCUGCUGGAAGAAUUACUGCUCAGAAUUGUCCAGAUUAUUUUCCAGACUUUGAUCCAACUGAAAGGGCUUCAAAAUAUUGUGAUGAAACUGGAAACUGGUUCAGACAUCCUGAGAGCAACCGAACUUGGUCCAACUAUACUCUGUGCAACUCUUUCACCUCUGAAAAACUGAAGAUGGCGUUCAUACUUUAUUAUAUGGCAAUCGUUGGCCAUGCUUUGUCUAUAACAUCCCUGUUGAUUUCCUUGGCAAUUUUCUUCUAUUUCAAGAGCCUCAGCUGUCAAAGGAUAACGCUGCACAAGAAUUUGUUUUUUUCUUAUGUGAUGAACUCCAUGUUUACAAUUGCCCACCUCAUUGCUGUUGUGCCUAAUCCGGGCCUUGUAAAAAGGGAUCCUGUAAGCUGCAAAGUGCUGCAGUUCUUUCACCAGUACAUGUUGGGCUGCAACUACUUCUGGAUGCUCUGCGAAGGCAUUUAUCUUCACACUUUAAUUGUUGUGGCGGUGUUUGCUGAAGAGCAGCGUUUGCAUUGGUAUUACCUCUUGGGCUGGGGGUUCCCUUUAGUGCCAGCAUCUAUUCAUGCCGUUGCAAGAGCCAAAUACUUCAACGACAACUGCUGGAUGAGUGUUGACACUCACUUGCUCUAUAUUGUUCAUGGACCUGUAAUGGCAGCCUUAUUGGUCAAUUUUUUCUUUUUGCUUAACAUUGUCCGGGUAUUGGUGACAAAGCUAAGAGAUACCCACCGUGCUGAGUCCAACAUGUAUAUGAAAGCUGUCAGAGCUACUUUAAUCCUGGUGCCCUUGCUAGGAAUUCAGUUUGUUAUUAUUCCCUGGAGACCAGAAAACCGACUUGCCGGAGAAAUAUAUGAUUACAUCAUGCAUAUAUUAAUGCAUUACCAGGGCUUGCUUGUUGCAACUAUAUUCUGCUUCUUCAAUGGUGAGGUCCAAGGAGCUUUGAAAAGACAAUGGACGCAGUAUAAAACCCAGUGGGGUCAAAGGCGCCGGGAGCACUGUUCCACGCGGUCUACCUCCUACACGGCAACAUCAAUCACAGAGGUCCCUGUUUACUUAUACCAUCAUGAUUCCAACAACGAACAGUUAAAUGGAAGAUACAUAGAUGACUCUGAACUCGUUGCAUUAAAAUCUGGAGAGACGUCUGCCUAG